UAUUACACGUAAAAUUGUAUUUUGUCACUUGGAAAAAAAGAAAUGAAUAUUUUAAAUCUCGAAAAGUUUUCAAGUAAAAUAGAUAAGAGAUAACGAUUAUGUUUGAUAAAAUAUAUUGAGUGAAAAAUAUCUAUUUUUAGACAGGGACUGUGGGUUUUAUAUUAUUUUGUGAUAUUUAGGAUUGCAUUGAUAAGCUUUGUCGUACUGUCAUCUGUCUUGUAAUUGAGGUUGGAAUAUUGAAGAAUAUUUACAAUUAUAAAACGUUACGCCUCUGUAUUUUUCAGUUAUUGUUAUUACUUAUUUCUUAUUAGUUUUGUGAAUUUAUUGCUAUACGAUAUUAAGAUGAACAAUAAAGUUUUUAAUAUUUUCAAUAUUAAUAAAAAAAAAAAUGAUGAAUGCGUAGUGCCCGUAGUGGUCAAAGAAACUUCCAUAGUAGAAGCUGAAGAGCCCGUAAUAGCACAGAAAAUACAGCCGAAUAGCCCUAAUGAUUUAGGUGAUAUUCACACCGGGCCAUACCGACCAAUAUUACAGGUGUAUCCAAAAACCAAACAUGGAACUCAAAACAGAAGUUUUAGUGCUUCAUGGUAUGAUCACUUUCCAUGGAUUGAGUACAGUAUCGAGAGUAAUGCAAUUUAUUGUUAUGUGUGCCGUAUAUUUGGUAAUGAGACUUCAGAGGAUACAUUUGUCAAAAUAGGAUUCAACAAUUGGAAAAAGCUUAGUGGCUCUAAAGGGAAAGGAUCAAAAUCAAAAUUACAACUUCAUGGCAGUUCUAAUCACCAUUUGGUAUGUUCAGCAAAAUGGUUUGCUCUUAAACAAACAAAAAAGUCAGGUUCUGUUCACACUAGCUUAGAAACUGCAAACCGAGAACAAAUUUCUAUAAACCGUGAAUAUUUGAAAAUAUUAAUAGAUAUUGUAUUAUAUUUAUCUAGACAAGGUCUAGCUUUCCGCGGUCAUGAUGAAAAAGAACUGUCUACUAAUCAAGGUAAUUUUUUAGAAACAUGUAAAUUAAUAGCUAAACAUAACACAGACUUUUUCAAAAAAUAUGAAACACCUAUUAAUUAUACAAGUUGGGCAAUUCAAAAUCAAAUUGUUCAACUAUGCGCAGAUAAUGUAAUUUCAACUAUAAGCACUGAUAUAAAGAAAUGUGGUUUUUUUUCUAUAAUGUGUGAUGAAGCCAGAAGUUUUAAAGAAGAACAAAUGGCAUUGUGCGUUCGAUAUACCAAUCAUUUUCAAAUCUUUGAACGUUUUUUGGGUUUCAUCAAUGUUUCUGAAAAUCAAAAUUCAGAAUCGUUGACAUCAGCAAUUGUUUGUUUUCUCAAAAAAUAUAACUUAAUUGAUGUUCCCAUAAUUGCUCAAUCAUAUGACGGAGCAAGUGUUAUGUCUGGGAAACAUGGUGGUGUUCAAAAAAAAAUUCAAGAAAAGUAUCCAUAUGCAAUCUAUACACAUUGUAUGGCACACAGAACAAAUUUAGUUGUAAUAGAUAUGUGCAUGUCAGUUAAUGAAGCUAAAAGUCUAUUUAAUACUUUAGAGGCAGUAUAUGUACAUUUUGCUAUGCCUACUACCAACUAUAAAUUUCUAGAAAUUAAAAAUAAACUCAAGAUUAAGAACAAAAGUAUAACUCGAAUAAGUGACACACGUUGGUCUUGUCGUUAUCAUAAUUGUAAAGUAAUUAUGGAAAAUUAUCCUGCUCUAAUUGAAGUUCUUAAUGAAGAAAUUGAAGAUAACAAUGAUAGAGAUGUGGCACAAGCUAAAGGAAUUUUAUCAUUACUUCAGGAACCAGGAUUUGUGGUUCAUCUAUUUGUUUUGUAUGAAAUUUUACUUGUAGUAAACAUUCUGAGUAAUAGAUUACAAGAAAAAACCGCCACUCUAGGACAAGCAGCUCAAAUAAUUCAUUCUGUAAUACAAAGUCUAAAAGAUUAUCGAAAUGAUGAUAAAUUUUUGGUUAUUUGGAAUCAAAUAAAUGAAUUUGCCAAAAAGCAUCAAGUUUCGAUUGAGAAACCUACAAUUGGUCUUGGGUCGAAAAGAAGAAGAGUUGAAAGUACACGUUUGUCAAAUUUUUAUGUAACUUCUACAACUAGUGCUCAACAAGAAGUUUCUGCUCAAGUAACAAAUGAAGCAUUUUGGCGAAUCAAAUAUUAUGCUGUGCUUGAUUCUGUUAUAGAAAAUCUUAUUCGUCGUUUUUCUGAUCAAAGUUUAGAGCUUGCUCAGUCCGUCGACAAUUUUUUUCUGCUUGAUUUUAAAGAAAGCAAAUUAUUCAUUAACCAUUAUAAAGAUCUGUUUCAAAUUGAUACUGAUACAUUAAUGGCGGAAAUGACUGUUGCAAAAAAUGCUUUUCAAACUGUGUAUCAAGAUCAGGUAUUAGGUGAUCCAGAGCAAAUGAAAAGUAUCAUAAAUGAAGCUACUUUUCCAAAUCUAUACAAACUCCUUGGUGUUGCAUAUACUUUGCCAAUAAGUAGUGCAACUUGUGAAAGGUCAUUUUCUGCGAUGAGGCGAGUCAAAACAUGGUUACGGUCUACUAUGAUACAAGAACGGUUUUCAAAUUUAUCUAUCAUUCAUAUUGAGAGAGACAUAUCAAACAAUAUUAACAGUGAAGACAUUUUAAACGAUUUUUCAAGUGCUAACAAUAGAAAAAUACCGUUAAUUUAUUAAAAUGUUACCUACUAUAAAAAGUUGACUUGUUUUCUUUUUUCUUACUCUCAUAUUAGAGGUAAACAAAUUUAGUUAUAAUAAUAAUUAAUAUUACAUUUUUAAGAAACUAGUAAGAUACUAAUUACUAGUGGUUGCUAUAAAAUGUUGAGUAGAGUAUACCAUUUUUAUGAUGGUAUUUAUGGACUAGGGGGGGAUGGCACCCCAUGGGAUAUUUUAAGUUCAUAGGUUUGUUAGGAGGGCUGUAGCCCCCCCAUAAUUUUAACCCUAGUUGCGCCUAUGU